UCUUGACAUCGGGCCUGGGGCCACCAGAAUGCCUGCGGACGAAGACUAUGGCCGAAGACAUAAUAUUAUCCAAAAUGUAUCCGUUCCUCCGAUUGUUGCUCCUGUUACAGAUCGUUAUCAGGAUCAUUCUGUCGCCGAUCGUGUUCAACAAGAUAGCCUGCAGGCGUUGCAGGCGCCGACGGCUACGUCAUCGGCGUCGUCAGUGCAAUCUCCGCCCCCGUCCGGCGAGAAAGACUUUAAAACCGGGGAACGGUACAAUAACAUCGUUGGAGAUCAUCGGUUCGGUUCCGAACGUAGUCAUUCCGAUCGUUUACCUUCGGGCGAAAGGUAUCAGGGUGUAUCCGAAAGGUACCCGCUCGGGAACGCGAUGUCUUCGGAUAGACUUGUGCCGAAUGUGUCGUCUCAUUGUCACGCCGAUCAGCAUCAGGUACUGUUCGUGUCCGAUCGGUAUCAACCACAGAAAUAUUCGGAAAGGUAUUCUCCGGUUAAGAAUGUCAUUUGUCUGGAUCGAUAUCACAGUCAUAACGCGAUCGAUGCCAUGUAUUCGAGGGCAAACACCCCUACGGACGCAAGGUACCGUCAGUCGUCGAAUGGAGGGGAAAAGGAGAGAUGCAGUAGCAGUUCAGAGAGGCGUACUCCUGUUAUGGACAAGUAUCAGGCGACGACAGACAUGUACAAUUCAAUCAGUCGACGAAGUACUGCCGGUACUCCUGGCAGACACACGCCAGUCGAAAGAUUCCGAAAGAACAAUAAUGAUAAGGAACAGUUUUGUGUCGCUACCGCGACGGAUUUACAAAGAAGGAGAGAAAGGUCACGAUCGGCUGAUAGGAAACAGCAAAUCGAUGUCGAUAGUUGCCGAUUCGACCAAGAAAAGUAUUUCGACGAACGCUUUCCUGCUAUUCCUUGUCCGGAACGUUUUGCUACUGACGAAGAGAAACCGAACAGGCCUGAGCGCAUUUCAUUUUCUAGCGCCCCCUAUAUGACACCUCCAUCACCAGCUCCUGCAAACAGUAGGUUCAUUCCACCGCCACCGUUAUCGCCUAUCACCACCCCUAGCCCCGACUGUUACGCUUCCAACACUUUCCCUUCGCCUACUAAUACAGUCCCGCCGCCGGAGAGGUUCAUUCCACCGCCACCACUCUCGCCCUCUCCAACCGAAGUGUAUUCGCCGCAAAAAUACGACAAGAUACGUGAUCGAUACUUGACCUAUUCCAACGAGUUAUAUACGAAUUAUUCCCAUAACAGGAAUCAGAUGGCAACAGGGUACCAUUUGCAUUAUGGUGGCGCGAACGGUAACAGCGAACGCGUCGUCAUAACUUCCACGAACCCCCACGUACCGGUAGAACGAUACACACCCCAGCAACAGCAGGAGCCUUACUGUCAGUACGAAAGAUAUCCGAAAUACGGUACCAUAAGUAGUAACGACCCCUAUAUGCGUAGAGACUUGCGGUUUCCACAGUACAGGAUGCCGUUUUAUCAACAAAACAAUUACCAAAGGAUCCGGUACGUGACUAAUCCCUUGAGGAGCAAGUGUUGUCAGUAUCCCGAGUGCUAUCAGUAUUGCAAGUCGAGCCCAUGCUCCAGUAGUAGUAGUUCCGUGACUAGUCAGGGGGGCAAAGACGUUAUGCAACAAAAAGAAUUGGUCACGUCGGAAUUAGUUCAGUGCCAAAAUAUCCGCGGUUCGCAGCAACAGCAGCAAGAGAAGGUGAUUCAGUGUUUUGUCGGCGCGAAGGAACUGUCUUGUCCGAGUUUCCAUUUGAUGCCUGCUGCCGGUCGUGUCGAAAAGAAAGAUGUGACUUGUACGGGUUACGUGUCGCCAACGCUGAGGACGGUCAGAGGUCAGUGCAGGCAUGGGAUGUGCACGAGUCCCAGUGUCGAAUACGUGGGCCAUUCGGGCGGUAGACGGGUUUGUGCCACGCCACCACCGAGGGGUAGUAUUGGAUCCGUCGAGGGGUCGGUUUGCAGCGAUCAGUGUUGUCUCAGAAGAUCCCAGCAGAACACCAUGACCGUCGCUAUUUG